AUGGGUAUACACAGCAAGUUGGCGGACAAUAUCAAGGAGGUGGAUGUGAUCAUCGCGGGAGGUGGCACGGCAGCUUGCGUCCUUGCCGGACGUCUAGCGGCCUCGGAUCCGGAUCUCUCGAUCCUCGUCAUUGAAGGCGGCACCAACAACCGCGACGUACCCAGUGUUAUCCACCCAGCCUUCUUCCUCGACCAUCUCGCUCCUGAGAGCAAGACAGCCAUCUUCUACCAGGGCAACAGGUCCGAUAAGUUGGCUGGGCGCGGUCCAAUUGUUCCAGCCGGAGGAAUUCUUGGUGGCGGUUCCUCAAUUAACUUCAUGCUUUACACCCGCGCCCAGAAAUCAGACUUCGACUCGUGGCGGACCCCAGGCUGGUCCACCGCUGAUCUUUUGCCGUACCUCAACCGCUUCGAGACGUACCAUGGCAACGGCGAGCCCUCGCACCAUGGUUCCUCCGGCCCGGUGCACGUCUCAUCCGGUGGGUUUCGCGUGGAAGGCGCUGAGAACGAUAUCCUCGCCGCUGCAAAGCAGACAGGAUACCCGGAGAUCCGGGAUCUGCAGAACCUGGAGGCGAACAAUGGUUAUGAGAGGUGGAUGAGGUAUGUCUCGCCUGAUGGCCGCCGCCAAGAUGCCGCGCACACCUUCUUGCACCCGCUGUUAGAGGAUGGGAACCACCCGAACCUGCAUGUCUUGGUUGAGUCAAAGGUCAUCCGUGUGUUGUUUGAUGAGCACAAGCGUGCUGUCGGGGUGGAGUACACACCAAACCCGGAUUACCAGGCCGUCUUGAAAACCACGAAGCAUCCCAUCCGGAGUGUACGCGCAAGGAAAAUGGUCGUCGUCUCAUGCGGCGCCUGCGGAACUCCUGGUGUUCUUGAGAGAUCUGGUUUGGGCGACAAGAAGGUCUUGGAUGAGGCGGGCGUGCCUGUCGUUGCAGAUCUGCCCGGCGUCGGACACGAUUAUCAGGAUCACCACUUGGUUUUGUACCCCUACAAAACGGCGUUGAGUCCGGACGAGACUCUGGAUGACAUCUUUAGCGGGCGCAUCAGCCACGAGGACGCGAUAGCGAAGAAGCACAAGAUGCUUGGCUGGAACGGUGUUGACGUCGUCAGUAAGAUCCGUCCGUCGGAAGAGGAAAUCAAGGCUAUUGGUCCAGAGUUUCAGAAGGCAUGGGAGAAGGACUUCAAGAACGACCCCAACAGACCGCUCAUGCUCAGUGGCUUUUUGCAUGGAUACCUCGGAGACCAUUCUGCCAUCCCUGAGGGCCAAUACACAACCGUCGCAAACUACACUGCCUACCCCUACUCGCGCGGCAGCAUCCAUAUCACCGGGUCUUCCAUCACCGACCCGCUCGACUUCGACACUGGUUUCUUCAGCGACCCCGACGACCUCGACCUCAAGAAACAGGUUUGGGCCUACAAACACUCGCGCGAGGUCGCCCGCCGUACCGCUCUCUACCGUGGCGAAGUCGCCGGUGGCCACCCUACCUUCCCCGCAGGCUCCAAGGCCGCCAUCGUGGACUCUGUCUCGGCGGACGCGCAUAAGAACGUGGAACCGCUGGAGUACUCCCGGGAAGACGACCAGGCAAUUGAGCAGUUUUUGAGGGAGAACAUUAACACGACGUGGCACUCUCUCGGGACGACCAAGAUGGCCCCCCGGGAUGAUUUGGGUGUCGUGGAUUCGUCGCUUAGCGUGUACGGUGUUGAGGGGCUCAAGGUUGUGGACCUGAGUAUUGUGCCGGAGAAUGUAGGAGCCAACACUAACAACACGGCGUUCGUGGUUGGUGAGAAGGCGGCAGAUAUCAUUGCAAAAGAUCUGGGCAUUAAUAUCCCGCCCAAGCUGUAG